GCUUUCUAUUUUUCACAAUUUUCUUCUCAAAAAUCAGCAGCACCUCUCCCUCCCUCCCUUUCUUCCUCCAUCUUCUCUCCCAGUCUCUCGAUUACAUCGAAUCCUCUCUCUUCCUCUUUUGCUCUAUAAGGUCCUAUACAUUGUUCCAUGGAGCUACCUCGUGCUUCGUGCUCUUGAUCCUUCGCGCUUUCGAGCCCUAAAACGAAAAGCUUUAUCCCUAACCCUAACUGGCAGGCCCUAUUCCCUCUCGCUCUUUUCUCAAGCUUAAGGCGGUUUCUGCUAAAACUACUGAUUUAAUCAAACCAUAUUUAAGUGUCCUGUAUGCUUAGAUUUGUAAACUCAACUGAACUCAAUCAAGCGAUAAUCUUGAUCCAGUUGAUGUCAGCCCUAUGGAUCUUUUCCUUCAUUCUUUGGUCCAAGGCAACACCCAUACAAAGGCUUGGCUAGACCAUCAGGGGGUGCUGCUGUCAAGAUGAGUUUGCAACAGGCUGCGCAGCCCAAAUAUGCUAAUGGAUUUGGUCGUAGAAGAGUUGAAAAGGAAGGUGGUGUAAGAUUGGAGAAUAAGCUACAAUCUGGGAAAUCAAGUCUGAGUAGAUCAAUGGCUGGUGCCAAAGUUGGAAUUCAUGAGAGUCCUUCUCGUGAUCGGCUGGUAUAUUUGUCAGCUUGUCUUAUUGGACAUCCUGUGGAAGUCCACCUGAAAAAUGGAUCCAUAUAUUCUGGGACAUGUUAUACAACAAAUGUUGAAAAGGAAUUUGGAAAAUGCUUUUCUCGACUGAUCUUCAACAACAAUGCCAAAUAUACUCUUACAGCAAUUAUUCUGAAAAUGGCUCGCUUGACAAAGGAUGUUUCUUUUCGAGGGCAGAAGGCAGAAACCCUUAGCAAGGCUCCUUCAAAGACUUUAAUUAUACCUGGCAAAGAAGUUGUACAAGUGCUAGCUAAGGAUGUGUCUGUAACCAUGGAUGGGAUAAACCAUGAGUUUCAGUAUGGAAAGCAGCAGGAGCUUAUGAUAGACUCCUUUAUAUCACAAUCUCGUCACGUCGAAGUGGAGAGAGAGCUGGAACCAUGGGUCCCUGAUGGAGAUGACCCACAAUGCCCUGAUUUGGAGAAUAUAUUCAAUGGCCCUCAGAAUAGUAGGGGCUGGGAUCAGUUUGAAACAAAUGAAAUGCUAUUUGGAGUAAAAAGCACCUUUGAUGAAGAACUUUAUACUACAAAGCUGCAGAGGGGUCCACAGAUGAGAGAGUUGGAGAAGAAAGCUAUGAGAAUGGCAAGAGAAAUUGAGGGUGAGGAUACACAAGACCUUCAUUUAGCUGAGGAAAGAGGUAUCCAACUUCAUGAAGAUUUUGAUAUUGAUGAAGAGACCAGAUUCUCAUCUGUAUAUAGAGGUAUAGGAAUUGACGAUAGUGGAUAUGAUGAAACUGAGGACAUAAUGUUGGAUUCCCUGAAUGAUGAAACUUUUGGAGGUACAUCUGCUCCUUCCACUAUGAAGUAUGCAGAUUUGACCCAUGGGAAGAGUAAUGAAGGAGCUCGAUGCAUAUCAAGUUCUUCCUUGGAUGAGGCACAGUGUUCUCAGUCAAGUACAAGUGUGGAUCGUCAUUCAGGUUCUUAUGAGCAUGCUAGCCAGCUGGCAUCUGAGCUUCCUUCUAAAAGUGUGUCCACUUCACAGAGUGAAAGCAGGAUCCUAGAAAACUUCCAUGGUGAACAAGGAGCAAAUGACAGCAUGGGCGAGUGUAUAGAAGAGCAAAAUCAGCAGGAGGAUGCUCAAUUGCCAACCCGUGAGGAUGCUCUGAUAUCAUUGAAUGGAAAGAAAGAGGGCUCGGAUAAAGAGUUCCUAUCCCCUACUGAAACUGCCUAUGCUUCUUCAUCCAAUGUUUCCUCAAAAACUUGUGAGAAGACAAGUUCUGCUGAGCCUUUAGAAGUUACACCAUCUGCCAAAGGAGUUGGAGAAGUUCAACCUAUAAACUCUCAUGGACCACCUGUCAGUUCUGCAUCUUCAAAUUCUGAUUGUGUAGGCACUGUCUCAGUCUCCAAAGGCCCUGGUUUAUCACCAAGCUCAUCAGUUGGUUCAUUAUCUUCAGAGAAGUCAACUCUGAAUCCCCAUGCUAAGGAAUUCAAACUAAAUCCCAAUGCCAAGAGUUUCACCCCUUCUCAAACUCCUGUUAGGCCUCCGUCUCCAGAUGGUUCCUUCUAUUUUCAACCUAACGUUCCUAGUCUACCACAUAUGCAUGGCAUGCCUAUGGGCAUUGGAAUUGGACCAUCAUUUACUAGCCACCAGCCUGUUAUUUUUAAUCCACAGGUUGCAUCAUUGCAAACACCGCAAGCAUAUUUUCAUCCAGGUGGCCCUCAGUAUGCACAGAAUAUGCUUGUUGGCCACCCUAGGCAAGUCUUGUACAUGCCAAGUUACCAACCCGAAAUGCCAUACAAGGGACGAGAGUUUUAGUCGUCUGAGAACAUUCUUGGCAGUUCUACUCUGCUCGCAAGGAAUAAACUUCUGAGAGGCUGCUUGGAACAAUUUUGUGGGGAAUCAAGCCCGGCAGUCCAUGAAGAUCUAUAGUUCUUUACUCCUAUUUGUGCUGGGGGAAGUCGAUCAAUUCUGGAAUAUGAUUUUCACUAUCCUGUAUGCUUCAUUUAUACCAUGAAUGACUGGCUUUCUCAACUUUCUUUCAACUAGUAUUCUAACAAUGGCUGUUUUAUUUUGAUAUUAUUAGUUUUUGGAUGAAAUUAAGGUGCAGGUAUUUUGCUUGCUGCCUCUACAUUUUCCUGUAAUGUUUCCCCGGUUUUUGUUUGAGCUAAUCAAACUCUCCAUCUCAAUCAUUGGCUUCACACUGGAUAUUUCGGUUAUGUAUUGAUUUUCUUUUUCAUCAAGAAAAUAGAGUGAAUACCUCCAUUUCUGCUCCCA